AUGUACGAACGUUUGCACAAGGCAACAGAAUUUGCGAAACAGCGACCACGCAAGUAUCUGUGGGAACGGAAUUCUCACUUCUAUAUUCCUGCUGUUCAUGGCAUUUGGGAAGAGUUUAUGAAGAAGAUUGAUCAAGAAAUGCCUGGUCAUGACAAUAGCAGUGUUUGGGGCCCUCAUCCCGCAGAAGGCAUCGACAUCGAAGGGCAAGCCAUUCUGCCCCCCGUGCCUCGCCCAGGAGAUGAGCCAGGGACCUGGGGUGUGAGUGAAGAAGCUGAUCUCAUUACCUGGUUACCCCAUUUCAACCCAGUUGGUACGGACGGGCCUUUCCGUGGUCGCGUCUUCAAUUUCCCUCAAGAUCAAGAGACCCCACGCCGGGCGGCUGUCGUGGCAAUGUCUUGCAUCUCGGCGCGACUUCUCAGCACGUUGCUUAAGAAUAGGGUAAAAUCUGGGAUUGGUCUCGCAUCCGAGAUGUCUCCUAUAUCCUGGGCUUUGUACUAUGGUCUGAAGGCGGUCCAGGUUCCUCAACCGGUAUACCAUAAUUCCAAAUGGGACCCCGAGGAAUUAAAUCGCCGCGUCAACCCAGGUGAACCUGGCAAGGUCAACGCUGGGCUUGGUAGCAUCUGGAGCUGGGGUCAACAUGAUGAUAUCAUAUACAACACGACGUUCAUGUUUAACUCUGAAUUCGCAGAGAAGCUAUACAGAGCCUGGCUGGGCUAUGACGGCGCGGAAGAGUGGGACAAGUGUUGA